AUGGAGUUUGAAGACAGCAACGGCAAUGGCACCCUGCCAGGUGAUUUCUGGCAUGGUCAGGUCGACGAACAAGUCGAAUACAACAUCGACUGGACGCAUUUGGACACACUGAUCUCCAUGGAUUGUCUGCUCACGGUUACGAACGGGAAUCUGAAAUGGAAGUCGACACCUUCUGCACAGAACGCAGAGAAGCUUGGCGAAUGCGGCAAAGAAACCAUUUCGGUUAAGCUCAAAGUCUCCAAAGAGACUAUUUCGCCACUGAUGUACAAGUACUUGAAGCUCGAAUUUCAUCUCUACGAGGCAGGCCUGCCUGACACCCAGGUUGCAGAGGCCCUCAUCUACUUCCGAGACAUGGAAAGCAUCACGGCAGGCUGCUUGUCUCUCGACGAUCGAGCGAAGGCGCUGAAGCAGCACAGCCCAGAAGCUGUGGCGUGCCUCGAUCUGAUCAAGGUCUCUUUCGAGACAUCCCAGAUCACUUUCAACAUGUCAACCCUGCAACGCCUCCUGGUGCAGGGCUUCGACAAGGCCGAGGAACGCAAAGAAGGAAAUGUUCGCCACGGGAGCCGAUACGACGAUUUGACUGCUCUGAUCAACAGCCUUCAGUCCCAAGACCCCAAAGGUAUCAUCCAAAUCGACCUUUUGCUCGUCAAGCCUUUCCUCCGAGGUGGAAAACAGUGGGAGGAGACCCUGAACAACGUGUUCGAAUUAGCACACAGAACGGAUCGGACUGAAGAUCAGAUGGCCCAAUGGUUUCCAAAAAGCGCUGAAAGUCACGAUAUGCCUCUCGAACACGUCCCCAGGGCCACCCUUCCUCGGGGACUUCCCAGGCAGGACCCACUGGUGCGUUUUCGCAACGAGGACCAGUACUUGGUCACCCAGAUUGUCGGUGCCGCAAACAAAGCAGAGGUGUCCGCCGUCAAUGCGCUUCACAAUCCUGCAUCCACCAAAACCGCACUCAUUGGAGAUCAAAGCGUCGAGGCUUUCCGGUAUUUGCAGGCGUUCAAACGUAAUGUGAGAACACGCUCCGUCAACUUUCUGGAGAAGUUCCCAGUCCUCCUCGCACUUACUCAGUCGGACGGCAAUCAAUCGGCGUUGUCUGAAUGUCCCGAGCAAAUUGUCUCGCAGUACCUGAAGCUGGACUCAGCCAAGCAAUCGGUCAUCAGUCGACUCAAUGACCUGCCUGCUGGCUUGGCCUUUAUUUCAGGAGUCGCUGGGUCUGGAAAAACCGAACUGAUCAAGUUCAUUAUUGCAGCAUGCAUCUUCGGACAAGGAGCCGCCAAGCCCGUUCCAGCAUUGUAUCUUGCUCCGAACAACCAGGCAGUGGACGACAUGGCCAAUAAGUUUCAAGAUUAUUUUGAAAAAUUGGGUCUGGAAGGUGCCCCAGUCAUCAUGCGUCUGUACAGUUUGGACUUUGAGGUCAAGUCUGUCACUCGUGCUCUUGCUCUCGGCCUUGGCACCUCUUACCAGUACUUCGACGAAGAGAAAGCUCAAGGAGAGAUCAAAGAAAUGGAUACGGAGUCAGGGAAGGAAGACUUGAAAGGCCGAGCACACCAGUUCCUUACCGCUUAUCAGCUUGAGAGAAUGGGUUACGACUUGAACCAGCAGAACAAGAGUCGCUCCAAGCGAAUUCGGUCAACCAAUGUGUCCGCAGAUACCGCCGCCAUGGCUUACUACCAGACGCACAUCGAGAAGUACCGCGAUCUUCAGGAUAUUCUCAUCAUCAGCGAACAGGAUGGCAGUCUGAGUGACGAUCAGCUCAGGGAGGUUCGAAUCUUAGUCAAGGAACUUUUUCACGACAUGCUCUCGGACUUCAAGGGCAUUAUUUGCACAACUUCGGUUGUCUCUGCCAAUGUAACGGUACGACGUUUUAAGGCCGAACUGGUGUUCACAGACGAAGCUGCACGGCAAUCCGAACUUGGCUCACUCAUCAGUAUUGCUCACUACCAGCCUCAUGCUUGGUUCUUCCUGGGAGAUACAGCGCAGCUCAAGCCUUACGUCGGUGAGGAUUCUAAGGCAACGGACAAUCCAUUCAUCAGACAAAUGUCUUUGUCUCUACUCGAGAGAGCAGUCUUGGCCGGUGUCGAGCUGGGUUGGUUGGACAUCACUCAUCGCCUUCGGGGCAACCUUCGCCCGCUGCCGUCGAAAAUUCAUUACGGACACCGCAUGCAGAACAACGGUAUCCCGGGUUGGAAUUGGCCGCCUUCGACAGUUGCAUUUGCAGCCGAGAUGAGAAAACUACUCGCCCCAUCGGCAAACACUUUGUACUCAACCCGAGUGGUCGUGCAGAUCCCUUUUGCCAGGGCGACUCUGGAUGGGACCUCAUACAAAAACAUCACGCACGUGCGAUGGGUACUUGAUCAAGUCAAGAAGAUGUUGCAAAACCCGGAGCUGACAGAGAUCGACUCGAAAAGGAUGGCCAGUAUUCUUAUCCUGCCUUUGUACAAGGCACAGGUUGACCUGUACCGGGAGAAGCUGCACAACGAGCGGAUCCAGAAGAGAAUCUCAGACGAACACUUCCGAAGAAUUGAAGUCCGGACCCUUGACUUUGCUCAGGGCGAAGAGCGAGACGUUGUCAUUGUCGAUUACGUGCAGACGCACAAGGCCGGAUUCUGUGUUGACCCAAACCGCAACUGCCUGGCCACGACUCGAGCAAAGCAAUGCGAGAUUCUCAUCAUCAACGCCGGAAUGAUCAACUCUACACGAGCCCAGAACAGCAAGGUCGGACAGAUUCUGGCAGAAGCCACCGAACUCGGAAUUGUCUUGAAGGUAUCAUCGUGCAGCAACUGCGAGGACCCAAGCCACAAGGAAAAGGACUGCCCUAGCUUGCGUUGCAACCAUUGUGGCCAACUCGGUCAUACCCAAGUCACCUGCCAGAAUCGACUUGUGUAA